UAAAAGUCACGAACCCGUUUGAUCCGAUCCGACCCGACCCGACCAGAAGUGACCCGAAACUGUAAAACCUGUGUUUUGCUUUCUGUCUCUCGCUCGCUAAGAAGCUUCAAACGCUUUAGCUGAAAUGGCGGUUCAAUCAAAUCAGAGUGCUUCUUUUGGUUUCAGAACAGCUUCACCUUCUCAGAAGCUCUCUUCGAAACAUGUUGUUUAUAUUUCGCUGGCAACGAAGCUCAAAUACUCUUCUCUAGCGUCGAUUUCGUGCUCUACUUGGAAUCCUGGUCAAAUUCCGACGAGACACUCCGGUAAAAAUCCCGGAAUAUUCGCAUCUGCCCCAUCCAAUCUUACCUUCUCUCAUGAACCACCAGAAUCUGAAUCUCCGCCACUUGGAAAGAAGAAGAUGCGGGUGUUAGUGAAGCCGCUGGAGAAACCAAAGGUGGUACUGAAGUUUGUGUGGAUGCAGAAGGACAUAGGAGUUGCAUUAGACCAUAUGAUUCCAGGGUUUGGAACAAUCCCACUUAGUCCAUACUACUUCUGGCCUAGGAAAGAUGCUUGGGAAGAGCUCAAAGCUUUGUUAGAGAGCAAGCCUUGGAUCUCUGAGCUUCAUCGCGUCUUUCUCCUUAACCAAGCUACAGACAUCAUCAAUCUUUGGCAAUCAAGCGGUGGAGAUUUGUCUUGAUUGGAUUCACCAGACAUGUCAAUGGAAGCAACUCAGCCAAUCUGUUUAUCAUAGGUAUUAAUGGUCGCAGCUUUUCAAAGUCUAAAGCUUUUGUGUUGUUUAGUGUAUCAUCAGUGCAUGCCUUCAGUCUUGAUGGAUUCAAUGUUGACAGAGAGAUGUCAAAAUGUAGGAACUCACCAAGCUGUUUAUCAUUGUCUAUGCAAAUGCUCUCGUGUUUUGUGUC